AUGUUGCGAUGCAAGUCCUGGAAGGUGCCAAUGAACUACAUUGGCGUUGUCGUGUUUGGGAUCUCACGCUUGGAGAUAGUUCUGUUCCAUGUCACGCGUGCCAUUCUGGCAGCGAAUCCGAGUCUUUUCCAACUGUUGUGCAUCGAGAAACUGGCUAGAGCAAGUCGUAUGGUUACCAUGAAGAGCGGGAUGACUUCCUUGCAUCUGCUCAUACGCUGCCUGGGCGCCAGCACGAACAUCUUCUUGACACUGGUUUUUUGCUGGAUCGCCUGCUUUCAAUGCGUUUCGGACAUGGUUGCUAGCACAUUUUGCCGGGACUUCAUCAACAAGGAAAGCCAGUCGCUGCAAGUGUGUGUUAUUGAAGCCUCUGCAGAGAUCGAGGCUGCGGAGGUGGAGCAUUUCGAGGCCUUGGGCAUCCAAGCGAGCCGUGCAUGGUCCACAUGCAUGGAGCAGCUCUUUGCAAGGCAGCAGGUGUCAGACGCAGAGGCUGCAGUUCGGGAAGAGGUGCGGAAGGUGAAGUGUCGUCUGGAGAAGAUGCGAGAGCUAGCGAAGGCUGCUGCGGCAGGGGCUGAGGGAGCCGCAGAGCGAAAAGUGGAAGCGAGCCGCAUCUGCCGCACAGAAGCCUCAGUGGAGCGGACUUUGGAGUGCUCGACGCACUGCGCGGAGCUGGCGGCUCCUGCCGAGCGAGCCGUGGCCCAGCAGCCGAAGAAGGCAGCAGAGGAAGGGGCCAUGGCCGAGAAAGAGAAGGAGCGGAAGCUCAUCCAAAACGAGAUCCACCGAGCCCAACGACGAACGAUCGAGGUUGAGAGCGCCAUAAAUGAGACCGUUUCCUACAGUUACAGAGAGAGGAGCACUCGGGAGCUGAAUUGCAUGGAGAAGGUAGAGCAGAUCGAAUCUCCGCCUUCGCAGAUCACGAAUCUCCCGACAACCAUGGUCCCCGGAGACCCAACUAGAAUUUAUUCAGAAACGAAAAAUAUCUUGAAUUAG